AUGACCCAGACCACCGAAAAAGGCAGCGCCAACGACAAUGUCGAGGCGCUCGAUUACUCAAAGACGCUCUAUCUGCCGCAGACCAAUUUCCCCAUGCGCGCCGGCCUCCCGAAGAAGGAGCCCGAACUGGUCGCCCGCUGGCAGGAGAUGGGCCUUUACAGACGCCUUCGCGAGGACGCUGCCGGCCGCGAGAAGUUCGUGCUGCAUGACGGCCCGCCCUAUGCCAACGGCAACAUCCAUAUCGGCCACGCGCUCAACAAGAUCCUUAAGGACGUCAUCACCCGCUCGUUCCAGAUGCGCGGCUAUGAUUCCAACUAUGUGCCCGGCUGGGACUGUCACGGCCUGCCGAUCGAAUGGAAGAUCGAGGAGCAGUAUCGCGCCAAGGGCCGCGACAAGGACGAGGUGCCGGUCAACGAGUUCCGCAAGGAAUGCCGCGACUUCGCCGCCCACUGGAUCAAGGUGCAGACCGCCGAGUUCAAGCGGCUGGGCAUCGAGGGCGAUUUCGACAAGCCCUAUACGACGAUGAACUAUCAUGCCGAGGCACGCAUCGCCGGCGAACUUCUGAAGUUCGCCCGGAGCGGUCAGCUUUAUCGCGGCUCCAAACCGGUCAUGUGGUCGGUGGUCGAGCGCACCGCGCUGGCCGAGGCCGAGGUCGAAUAUCAGGAUUACGAGUCCGACACGGUCUGGGUGAAGUUUCCUGUUCGGUUUAUCGUUCGGGAUCAGGAGGAAAUGGAUCGCGAGAUGCUCGACGCUUCAGUCGUCAUCUGGACGACGACGCCGUGGACGAUCCCGGGCAACCGCGCAAUCAGCUUUUCCUCGCGGAUCAACUAUGGCCUCUACGAGGUCACCGCCGCCGAGAACGAUUUCGGCCCAAGGCCCGGUGAGAAGCUGGUCUUUGCCGACGCGCUCGCUGAGGAAAGUUUCGCCAAAGCAAAGCUUGAGUUUCGGCGCCUACGCAACGUAACGGCUGACGAGCUUGGUGGCAUCAGCUGCGCUCAUCCGCUUGAUGGGUUUGCUGGCGGCUACGAGUUCACUGUCCCCCUGUUCGAUGGCGAGCAUGUCACCGACGAUGCCGGCACGGGCUUCGUCCACACCGCGCCCGGCCAUGGCCGUGAAGACUUUGACAUUUGGAUGGACCAAGCGCGUCACAAGGGUGUCGACACGACCAUCCCUUUCACCGUCGACGAUGCCGGCUAUUUCACCGAGGAUGCGCCCGGCUUCGGCCCCGACCGCGAGGGCGGCCCGGCCCGCGUCAUCGACGACAAGGGCAAGAAGGGCGACGCCAACAAGGCGGUGAUCGAAGCACUGAUCGCCAAGGACAUGCUGUUUGCGCGCGGCCGGCUCAAGCACACCUAUCCGCACUCCUGGCGCUCGAAAAAGCCGGUCAUCUUCCGCAACACGCCGCAAUGGUUCGUCCAUAUGGACAUGGACCUUGGCGACGGCACCACGCUGCGUGACCGCGCCCUGAAAGCGAUCGACGAGACGCGCUUCGUGCCGGCCUCGGGCCAGACGCGGCUUCGCGGCAUGAUCGCCGACCGGCCCGAUUGGGUGCUCUCCAGGCAAAGGGCAUGGGGCGUGCCGAUCUGCGUCUUCGCCGACGAUGACGGCAACGUUCUGCAGGACGAGGGCGUCAACAAGCGCAUUCUCGAAGCCUUCGAACAAGAGGGCGCCGACGCCUGGUUCGCCGACGGUGCCAAGGAACGGUUUCUCGGCAAUGAGCACGACCCGUCCAAAUGGCAUCAGGUGAUGGACAUUCUCGAUGUCUGGUUCGAUUCCGGCUCGACCCAUGCCUUCACGCUGGAAGACCGGCCCGACCUGAAAUGGCCCGCCGAUGUCUAUCUGGAAGGCUCGGACCAGCAUCGCGGCUGGUUCCAUUCCUCGCUUCUGGAAAGCUGCGGCACGCGCGGUCGUGCACCCUACGACACCGUCAUCACCCAUGGUUUCACCAUGGCCGAGGACGGUCGGAAGAUGUCGAAGUCGCUCGGCAACCAGGUCUUCCCGCAGGACGUGAUGAACCAGUCGGGCGCCGACAUUCUGCGCCUCUGGGUGAUGACGACCGACUAUUGGGAAGACCAGCGCCUGGGCAAAUCGGUUAUCCAGACCAACAUCGAUGCCUAUCGCAAGAUGCGCAACACGGUGCGCUGGAUGCUCGGCACGCUCGCCCAUGACGAGGGCGAGAGCGUCGAAUAUGAGGACAUGCCCGAGCUCGAACGGCUGGUCCUGCACCGGUUGUGGGAACUCGAUAAGCUGGUCGACAAGGGCUAUGACGCGUUCGACUUCAAGCGCAUCACCCGCGCGCUGCUCGAUUUCAUGGUUCUGGAGCUGUCGGCCUUUUAUUUCGACGUGCGCAAGGAUGCGCUCUAUUGCGAUCCGCCCUCGUCGCAACGCCGCCGGGCGGCGCUUCAGGUCGUCCAUCAUCUGUUCAACCGGCUGGUCACCUGGCUGGCACCGAUGCUGCCCUUCACCAUGGAGGAAGCCUGGCUGAGCCGCUAUCCGGACGCCGAAUCGGUGCAUCUGGAACAGUUCCGCAAAUGCCCGGACCAGUGGCGUGACGAUGCCCUCGCCGAAAAAUGGGCCAAAAUCCGCAAGGUGCGCCGUGUGAUCACCGGCGCUCUGGAGAUCGAGCGCCGCGACAAGCGGAUCGGUUCGUCGCUGGAGGCCGCGCCCGUCGUCCAUGUCACCGACAAAGGGCUGAUGGACGCGAUCGACGGGCUCGACAUGGCCGAAAUCGCCAUCACCUCGGACAUCGUCGUCAGCAGCGAUGCGCCGCCGGCGGAUGCCUUUACCCUCGAUGAGGUUACCGGCGUCGCGGUGGUCCCGGCCAUGGCGGAAGGCACCAAAUGCGCCCGCUCCUGGCGGGUGACGCGCGAUGUCGGUUCUGAUCCGGAGUUUCCGGACGUGUCCGCCCGCGAUGCCCGUGCCCUGCACGAAUUGCGCGAUCUCGGGCGGCUUUGA